AUGGGCGCACUCAAAUUCCUGUCAGCCCUCCAACGGAAAGUCGAACCGAAGAAGAUAAUAGAGAAAGGGCUCAUGUUCGUAGAUGCCACAAUAAACUCUCGACCGAGCAAGAGCACUCUGAUAGACUCUGGAGCAACCCACAACUUCAUUGCUGAUCAAGAAGCCAGAAGAUUGGGACUCACCAUAGGAAAAGACCCGGGGAAAAUGAAAGCUGUCAACUCCGAGGCCUUGCCUAUUGUGGGAGUUUCCAAAGGAGUCCCCUUCAAAAUAGGGGAUUGGACUGGAGAGCUAGACCUUGUCGUGGUUCGCAUGGACGACUUCGACGUGGUACUUGGGAUGGAGUUCCUCCUAGAACACAAGGUCAUCCCAAUGCCAUUGGCAAAAUGCUUGGUGAUCAUUGACCGCAACCCCACAGUAAUACCAGCAAGUAUCAAGCAACCAGAAGAAGCAACCACUGAAGAGACUGUCCCAGAGGAAAUCAAGGAAGUACUAGACAGCUAUACCGACAUAAUGCCAGAGAGUCUACCCCAAACACUACCACCUCGUCGAGGCAUUGACCAUGAAAUCGAACUCCUCCCCGGGGUUAAGCCGCCAGCGAAGAACGCAUACCGGAUGGCUCCGCCUGAGCUAGCCGAAUUGAGAAAACAAUUGGACUAG